AUGUCGUCACACCGCAGCUGGAGGGCGGCUGUGACCCGAACUAGGGAAAGGAAAUCCCACACUACCUCGGAGCUGCGUGUCAGAGAUGGAGGGGGGCUUUUAGUCCGUGCUGGUCCUGAGAAAGGAGAGGAAAAAGGCAAGGAGCAGGAUAGCGGCGAUGUCUGCCCGGAACCCCGCCGGCCGCGGAGCUGGCGGUGGGAUGAGCGGAGCCGGGCUGGGCUGGGCUUGAGGCGGGGGCAGAGCCGGGCGGGGAGCGCGGCCGCGCGUUUCGCCCGUUAUUUCCGUUGGGUCGAUGAGCGCCGGGGCGGCGGGGCCGCGGCCGCCCGGGGCAUCCCCUCCAUCCUUCCCUUGCAUCCCUUCCCUUCAUCCCUUCCCUCCAUCCCUCCCGCAUCCCGCGGGGUCCGCCGGAGCGCAGCCCCGCGCAGAAGCUCCUCUUUGUUCCCUUCCGCAGAGCACUACAAGCACCACUGGUUCCCCCUGGUGCCCUCCAAGGGCUCCGGCUACCGCUGCAUCAGGAUCAACCAUAAGAUGGACCCCUUGAUAGGAAAGGCGGCGGGGAUGAUCGGACUGAGCCACGAGAGGCUCUUCCAGCUCUUACCCAGCGAAUUAACGCUGUGGGUCGACCCCUUCGAAGUGUCCUAUCGCAUAGGUGAGGAUGGGUCUAUCUGUGUGCUGUACGAAAGCCCCCAGCCUGGGGGAAAGGCGGCCAAACAGCUGGAGAGCAGGACCAGCUGCAAGGAGGAGUGGAGAAUUGGCAGAUCCAGCCCUUCCAAGAGUUUCAACAUGAUGACGGUUUCCAGUUAAAAACAACUCUUCCCUGUACGAUAUUGUAUGUAUCCCAACCUCAUGGCGAAGUUAGAUGUAACUGCGCUCUUUUGUUUUUUAGUUAUUUUCUUCACCCUUUAGUCAUUAAAGUCGUGGUAGUACUGCCAAGUUUUGUGUGGCCAAGGGCUAAAUGUAUAAAGCAGUUCUUUACACUGCAUGUUCCUUUCUGGGUUGUGUCCUGUAAAUGCUCUGUACAGUCGGUGAAUUGUUUUACACAUUUAUAUUUUCGAGAAAAUUUGCCUAUUUGUAAUAAAAAGCAAUAUUGUAGCACUCUUUAUGAUGGGUUUUAGUCAAAAUUAGUACUUGCUAAAAAAAAACAAUCUGCAAUUUGCAGAGCAAUAACACAAAGGAGGGAGGGGGUAGGAAACAGAUCUGAAAAACUGAACAUAAAUCUUUCCGGUGAUUUGUCUGCACAGAUUUCUCUCAGGGUCAUUCAAGUUUGACUGUGAGGCACAAAUCACAGAAAAAACUCUUUAUUUUUCCUUUUUCAAAGCAUGCAUUUUUUUGAGGACUGGGUUCCAUCACACCCCAAUAUUUUAGCAAAAAGAAGUGGGGAAUUAGUUGUCUUGUUGUUUCUAGAUAUGGAAGUAGAAAAAUAAAUACUUGCUUAAAAUG